UUUUGCAGAAAAAUGGAAGCGUGGACUCAGUUUUUCGUGCGAGCCGGUAUUCCAUCAGAAAUCGCCAAAAAAUAUGCAAAAUCGUUCGCGACGAACAGAAUCACCAAGGAAAUGCUUCCGGAGUUGGACAAAUCUACACUUUCAGAGCUGGGAGUCUCUGCGAUUGGAGAUCAGCUCUGCAUUCUCCGCCGAAUCAAAGCCGCAAAAUCAGCAAUUGAACGUGAAGCAGAAGAAGCCAUUCAGGAAGAACCACAGUCAAAACCAGCAGCGAAUAAAGCUCGAAUUACCGCACCAGGCGCACUUUUGGCUAGCUCCUCGAGUUCUUCAGAGCACCGACGUGGCAAACCACCACCGGAUCGGCAUGAGAUAUACCACGUGAAAAUGCCCGAUGGAAAUACUCACAGAACUCGCCAGAUACUCCAGAAAGCUGAAGUUAUGCGGCAACAAGGAUUAGCUGUGCGCGGAACAACUGGAGUCCGGCAAGGCGGCCGAUCAGUUUCUCCAAUAGACAAAAGUAGUCUGGCAGCGAGAAUGAAGCGAAAAGAUGCUCCAGAAGUAACAUCAUCGACUGAUCGCCGGCAUAUUUCGUCGAAAAUCUCCAGAAUUUCUCAAUCGGGCAUUAAAAAAACAAUUUCGAAUCGUCCGCCAUUGAAUUCCCGUCUCACACAGUCCCCCGCCGCCGCCACGUCAUCACUUCGAAUCCACGUGGGACCCAACGGACGGAGCAAAGCCUCGCGGAUGGACGGACGGCUUCAGAAAGUUUCAACUGCCGCGUCUUCCAGUGAUGUUCUGCUUAUAGACGAUAAUAUGGAUUAUGAAGACGAUGAGAUUGUGGAGGAAGUUGUUGAUUAUGAGGAGGAUGAGAUGGGCUAUUCGGAUGCUCCGAUCUACGACGUUGUCGAUGCUCCAGUUCGUCAGCGAAUCUCAUAUUCUUCUGGCCGCCUGUCGAGUACAGUUCAACGUGCUCCACCACGAGCUUCUGCUCCUUCUUCAUCGUCUCGCUCCGCCCAUCACCACCACCAGCCACGUCAUCAUCGACACGACACGUCAUCAAGAGGCGGAGCUCCAUCUUCCUCUUCGUCAAAUGUCUUUAAUCGUCUUUCAUUUAAUUCUCGUUAAAAAUAUCUGGGUUUUUUAAAAAGUCUGAACUCAAAAUGGCUUCAAAAUUUCGAAAAAUGCCAAACAAAAAUUAGCAAAACGUCCAUACUUUUUUUUUUGAAAAAUGAAAAAUCUGUAAGAAAUUCCAUAAAAUCCCAGAAAUAUGUUUACUGUAACGAGAAAAAUAUUCAAAAAUAUUCGUAGAAAAAUUAUUAAAAUUUGCAAUUUUUCCAACUGCACGUGGUGUCAAAAAUAAAAGAAAUGUUCCAAUAUUUUUUAAUGAUUUUCGAUUUUCAAAUCGAAAAUCUUUAAGAAAAAAUUCGAAAAAUUCCGUUUAUUUUUUGAUUUUUCGGAAAAAAUUUGUUUCAAUUUUUAAUGAUUUUCCAUUAUUUCUCUAUUCUUAUAUAAAUUUCAUCCUAAUUAAUUUGGAUUUAGACGUUUCCUUUUUAAUUUAAUUUAAUUUAUUACGAUAGUAAGAUAUCGUGAGGUAGAAAAAAAAACAAAAUUCGAAAUUUUAAGUUAUUUUGAGUAUUUUAAAGCAGAAAAUCCCCAUUUCUUCCCUCCUUUAGCUGUAUUUUCUUCUAGUUUUUCGUUUUUGUUUCCAGUAAAGCCACCACCCUAAUAUAUAAUUGUAUGAAUAACUUGUUUGAUUCGCUACGAUAUCAUCAUAUGUCACAAAAUUCGCAUUUUUGCUGUUCCAAACUUUUUGUUCUGCCAUUAUUAAAUUCAUGAAAUUCCUUUGCACUUU